AAUUGAAUUUAUAUGUGUAAUUAUAUGAAUUUUUAAAAACAAUUUAUAAAAACAAUAUAAUAAAGUUUUUAUUGAAGAGAUCAUUAUAAUGUCGAAUUCUAGAAAAACCAAAACAAGACGUAAUAGUGAUUCAGUAGAUAUUAAUCCUAAAAGAAUGAAAUCAGAAGACGAAGAUAAUUCAGAAAACAAGGAAAAUAGUAUAGUUAAAAGUGAUACUUUACUUGAAAACAUUUCUGAACAAUUAUUGUCAGUGGAGCAUAAUUUGGCUACUGAGUUAAAAAAAAUUACAUUCCGUUUGCCAGUAGAAUAUGUUUAUAGUCCACUUGAAUAUGCAUUUAAUAUACACACUAUGUAUGUACAAAAGUAUUGUAAUACUGUUAAGAAAAUAUUGUUUCUUGGAAUGAAUCCUGGUCCUUGGGGUAUGUCCCAAACUGGUGUUCCAUUUGGAGAGAUAAGUAUGGUUCGCGACUGGUUAAAAAUUUCCGGACCUGUUGGAAAACCAGUCAAAGAACAGCCAAAUAGAAAAGUAGCUGGAUUUCAAUGUACUCGUAGCGAAAUCAGCGGGAAAAGAUUAUGGGGUCUUUUUCAAGAAUUAUGUAAAAGUCCAGAGAAAUUCUUUGAACAUGCAUAUAUACAUAAUUAUUGCCCUAUUGCAUUAAUGAAUAAAAAAGGCUGUAAUAUUACACCAGCAGAAAUAAAGGGACCAGAGAUACAAAUCUUACAUUCUGCUUGUGACAAGGCAUUAGCAGAUGCAAUUAAGAUUUUAAAAGUUGAAAUUAUAAUUGGCAUUGGUGGAUAUGCAGAGAAACGAGCUCAAUUAGUAGUUCAAUCUUCAAAAUUACCUGUGAAGGUUUUAUGUUUACCUCAUCCAAGUCCACGUGCUGUGAAUAAUAAAAAUUGGAGUGAAAAAGCAACACAAAAGUUAAGUGAGUUUGGAUUACUUGAAUGUUUUACAGCUUAAAAUACCUUGACAAGAAAAAUAAUUUUUUGCUCUUUAUCAGUACAAUUUUAUGUUACCUAACUGUACUAUUUAUGUUACAUAUAUUAUUUUAUAAAUUUGUGGUAAUUUCUAA